CAUUAAACAUAUCAUAUAAUAAAACAUCAUAAAUCAAGCAGGAAAGCUCAAUAAAAUCAAAUAUGAUAUGACAGAAAAUAUAAAAUAAAGGACCCCAGUGAAUACAAAUCUAAGAAAAAUAAUAUACAAUUUAAAAUUAUAUUUAGCAUUUCAUUGUUACACACAGUCCUGAGACUCCCAAAAAAGAAUUAACUUCUUUUCUGUGUAUUAGUAACUCCAGUGCUUUUUAUAGGCUACCUUACUUCUGUUGGUCUACAUUUAUGAAUCAUGCUCACUGUGAUUUGUAAAUUUAUCUGGUUUCUAGUAACUUUAACUAAACCCUCAAAUGAAAUUUGUGGUGCUUAAAGUUAAAAAAAAAAUCAUAAAAGGCAAAAUACUCAGGAUAAUGUAGCUCAGGAUAAUCCCUAUAUCUGAUCCUAAAAGAUACAUAGACAGGGAGGUCUCUGUUAUCCCAGAAACAUUGUGAAAGGCUUUGGGUUAUCCUCACUAACCAGUGUUUCUAUAAAGAUGUCAUUCUGCUAAGUUUUUAAUAUCACGUUUGGGUGCAAAUACAAAGCCUAAAAGGUAUCUGAAUGCAUGGGACCCACUAGGUUUAAAUGAGCAAUAUUCUGUAUUCUGUUAUAAUAAAAACCCGUCUCUCUCUUCCUUUUUUGAAUCUCUCACAUUUUACCCAGUCCAUUUAUUGCAUUCUCUGCAUGCUCUGUGCACACGUUACAAGCUGCAGGAGUGAAAAAAAUAAUGGCAUUAUAAGAAAAAUAAUUAGUGGGAUUAAACAUUUAUUUUUAUAAUUUUAAUUAAGUGUAAUUAGCACAAUGUGCAUAAUGUAGUAGAAUAGUGUUACAUUAUUGGCUUGUUAUUACGAAUGUGACAUGAACCACUGCUCAAGACAAAACUCAUUUUAAUUGCUUUUCUCUUUUUUUUUAGAUUUACAAAGCAACAAGUCAUAAGCAGCAAUAACAUAUGUUGAUCAUUAAAAAGAACUUUGCCAGCCUACACGGUUCAAUUAGAAUGCAAAACUACAAUAUUAGUGUGUAAAAUGUUAAUGACUAUAAGUUGAAAUAAAAUGCCUCAAAAUUGAACAACUGCAUUUCUACAUUAUUUAGAUUAAAGAUACAUAAUAAGUAGUGGUACAGAGUUGGGUUGACAUGGAGAUAAUUUCUUUAUAAAAGAUCAGUGAUUUUUUUUCCUUAAUGUCUGUCAUUAAACACUGUUUAUACUGUGACUUUUUUUAUUACUCUAUCACUCUCUACCAGAACUUCUUUCCCAUGCUGUCUCACUUCUUUUGUCAUCUGUCUUUUUCUCCUGGUUAGGAGGUGAAAUGUCGCCACACCCGCAACCACCACAAAACUGAGGGCCAGAAUCACAAGCCCCAGCCCCAGCAAAUGAGAGGUUCCCCCUUUAUAGAAGUUCAGCUGGUCCCACAGCCCCACAGCCAGGCAGCUGAAGCCGAUGAGAGUUCCCCAAAAUCCAAAAGCCAGCAUGCAGGAUCCACAAGACAGUUCAACGCCUCCAGUAACCACAGUGACGCCUGCCACUGACACAACUCCUCCUGACUUAACCUAGUCAACUCCUGUAGGACGUGCUUUCCCCGCCCGCCUAUAUCUUUCACUGUCUUACUGUCGAGAGAGACACUCGAUUCCUCAGUCAUCAUCUGCUCACACGACACACAGAUUUCUGCUUGGUUUUUGACAUCGAGAGAAGACAUCAAGCCAGUAAGCAAUAAUAGUUUGGAAAAAGAAGAGUCAUUUUACAGAAGAGAAGAAAGCCUAUCAAGUGGCAUAUCCCAGUCAAGCAGUUUAACACAUUGUGAAGAUAUUAAAAAGAAACUACAAUGGGAAACGCAACCAGUAGCGCACUAUCAAAGGAGAUCCUGGAGGACCUGAAGCUCACCACAAAAUUUACCGAGCAAGAAAUCUCCCAGUGGUACGAGAACUUUCAGAAGCAGUGUCCAUCAGGACGCAUCUCACCGGAGGAGUUUGAGGAAAUCUAUGGCCGCUUCUUCCCUGACAGUGAUCCUAAGAGCUACGCAAGGCAUGUGUUUCGCUCCUUUGACACCAACGAUGACGGCACUUUAGACUUCAAAGAGUACAUCAUUGCACUACACAUGACCUCCACUGGGAGGACAACCCGAAAACUGGAGUGGGCCUUCUCCCUGUUUGAUGUAGACAAGAACGGAUACAUCACCAAGGCAGAAGUGAAAGAAAUAUGCCAGGCCUUGUUUAAGCUGAUCCCCAAAGAGGACCACAGCAAACUGCCAGAGGAUGAGAACACACCCGAGAAGAGAGCCAACAAGCUGUGGGGCUACUUUGAAAAGAAAGACAAUGAUCGACUGGCUGAAGGAGAGUUUAUUACAGGAGUGAUCGAAAAUGAGAACGCAAUGCGUCUGAUCCAUUACGAACCAAUAAAACAUUAAAUCCCUUCUCAUUCCUACGUUUCUCCUCUUUGCACCCUUUUCUGUUUUUUAUUAAACUAUUUUCUCUUUUUUUUAAACACACUUUUCCCUCUUCUUCCUCUCUCUGUAUCAGAUGUUUUCUCUAUCCCCUUCCUUAAAUAACCUGGCCCCUUUGUAAAUAAGCAUUCCUACAGUUUCUGUACAUUUGUGUGUUACACAUACUUAUACACAUUAAGUAUCAUACUUAAUUAUUAGCUUGUUAUGCUUUUUCUUGUCUUUUAGAAAUCUGAAAUGUCCUCCAGUAUUGUAAUUUACUCACUUGUACAAAAAAAUUAAAGAUUUUCUCAUUCA